CGGCGGCUCCCGGCUGGCGGCGGCGCGCCCCCGGGCUGUGAAUGCGACUCGCCCCUCGGCCGCGCUCCCCGCCCGCCCGCCCGCCGGGACGUGGUAGGGGAUGCCCAGCUCCACUGCGAUGGCAGUUGGCGCGCUGUCCAGUUCCCUUCUGGUCACCUGCUGCCUGAUGGUGGCUCUGUGCAGUCCGAGCAUCCCGUUGGAGAAGCUGGCCCAGGCGCCGGAGCAGCCGGGUCAGGAGAAGCGCGAGCACGCGUCUCGGGACGGCCCGGGGCGGGUGAGCGAGCUCGGGCGCCCCGCGAGGGACGAGGGCGGCAGCGGCCGGGACUGGAAGAGCAAGGGCGGCCGCGGGCUCACCGGCCGGGAGGCGUGGAGCAAGCAGAAGCAGGCCUGGGCCGCCCAGGGCGCGGGCGCCAAGGCUGGGGACCUGCAGGUCCGGCCCCGUGGGGAUACCCCGCAGGAGGAGCCCCCGGCCGCCGCUGCCCAAGACGCGACCGGCCCGGCCCUCGCGCCCACCCCCGAGCCGCCGGAGGAGUACGCGUACCCGGACUACCGCGGCAAGGGCUGCGUGGAUGAGAGCGGCUUCGUGUACGCCAUCGGAGAGAAGUUCGCGCCCGGCCCCUCGGCCUGCCCGUGCCUGUGCACCGAGGAGGGGCCGCUGUGCGCGCAGCCUGAGUGCCCGCGCCUGCACCCGCGCUGCAUCCACGUCGACACGAGCCAGUGCUGCCCGCAGUGCAAGGAGAGGAAGAACUACUGCGAGUUCCGAGGCAAGACCUACCAGACUCUGGAGGAGUUUGUGGUGUCUCCAUGCGAGAGGUGUCGCUGUGAGGCCAGCGGGGAAGUGCUGUGCACAGUGUCCGCGUGUCCUCAGACGGAGUGUGUGGACCCUGUGUACGAGCCCGACCAGUGCUGCCCCAUCUGCAAAAACGGUCCAAACUGCUUUGCAGAAACUGCUGUAAUCCCAGCUGGAAGAGAAGUGAAGACUGACGAGUGCACCAUAUGUCACUGUACUUAUGAGGAAGGCACGUGGAGGAUCGAACGACAGGCCAUGUGCACAAGACAUGAAUGCAGGCAAAUGUAGAAACUGGACCAUUCAAAAACUCUGACGUUUUUCUAGAAUAUUUUACUGAUGUGAACAUUCUAGAUGACUCUGGGAAAUACCAAUCAAAAGGAGAAGACUUUUGAUGAGGAGUAAUGGAAAAUUGUUGGUACUUUUGCUUUUCUUGGUAACAAUUACUCCAAGAGAAGGAAAUGGAUAUAUUUCAAAACAUCAACAAGAACUUUGGGCAUAAAGUCCCUCUCUAAAUAAAUGUGCUAUUUUCACAGUAAGUACACUCCAGUACACUACUAUAUAUUAAAUGUAUUUCUAUAAUCCCUCUAUUAGAGAGCUUAUAUAAGUGUUUUCUAUAGAUACAGAUGAAAAACGCUGUGUGGUCAGCCGUCCUCACUGUGCACCUGAACAUCUUUUCCAGUUCUGAUUCCAUCACAUGAGACUGUUUGUACUUGCUGAUUCUCCUUCACAUCUUGGAAUAAUGGAUUAUAAAAUAAUGGGACUGAUUUCUAUUGAAAUCCUGCCCAAAUUCUGUUUCAUUACAGAGAUAUAUCUAGUGUCUAUCCUUUGAAGAUCCAGUCUAAUUCACAUAAAUACAAUAUUUCCUUCUUACAACUUACUCUCUUUAUCAUUUCCAUUCACAGUCAUUUGGGAAAUGCAGGUACAAAGAUAACUAAGACACACUUUUUCUGUUCAUUCAAAGCUCGACGUUGUGGGCCAUAGAUGGAUGCAUACAUGUAUUUCAUUUUCACUUACAUUCCUUUCUCUUGCAAGCAUGAUUUUCAAUCAUCCCCUAAACUGAGGAACAGGGUAGGCUGCACAGUUUGCAUUAUUGUUCCAUCAAGCAGUAGAAUAGGGAAUCCCUUGAUUCUUUGGAGAAGAGUUAAGGAAAAUUGAUCUCCUGAACAAGUCUAUACCUGAAAUCUAAAUGUGGUACGGAUAUCCCAGCUCUCCAUUUAAUGGACUCAUGUUUCUCAUCAGAAUGAUCAUCUAUUCUCCAAGUUGGGCAUAGUCAAAUCAUGAAUGAUAACCUGUAUUAGUCAUCCUUCAAGAGCAGAGGGAGAAAGUAGUUCUUCUGUCCAAUAUGUUAAAACACACAAUGCUGAAGGCCACGUACACCCUACAACUUUCCUGUAGUUACAUGUAAUUCUAAACCGACUCCAUUUCUCUGCCUUUGGACAGAGAAUAAAAGAAGCCACUGCAAAUCCUGCUGAUCUGAUCAAAGCAUAUUAGAGACUAUUUCCGCCUUUAUCAAUCAAUCAACACUUGGAACAAUGAUGAAAAAGGUAGAGUCUUACUAGGUGUAGGGUGGAAAAAGCAGAACUAUAGUCACUAUUUGAAGCCUUUAAAGUUUUUUUCCUAUACAUUUAUUUAUUCCAAAAUUUGGAAUUAAGCACUUAUUAAAUACAAAUUAUUUGAAGACAAAAAAGGGAAAAAGGGAAUAAAGCAUAGUUUCUUGCCUUCAUGGACUUUGGCCUCUGGCAUAACAUGAAUAAGAAAUUACAAUGCACUGUGGUAGGACUCAACUCGAGGUCAGCAAGGGGAGGUUAGACAGGCUUCCUAAAAAGAGCAGAGAAUACAAAAGAGUCAUUCAGUGUAUAAGAUAUCAUUCAAUCAUUAAAGGUUGAAUAAUAGUUAAGAAAACUUGAUAUAUUUGUCAUCACUGAAGAGUUGAACCAUUGUGGACCUUAAUAACUGUAGAGCCACCACUAAGUGAAUCUUCAAGAAAUUUACAUAUGCUUAUAUUUAAUUUUUAUCUUGUUUAUGAAGAAUAUCUUGGGCCAAAUGGGCUCCACACACAAAGAUUUUCAUGAAAAUACUCAGGGGAAUAAUUAGCCAGUUGCUCUCAGGUGUAAUCAGUUUUCCAAAACUUAACUUUUGGUGUCAAAAGCUGCUAGAUAUCAGCCAUCUCUCCAUUAUCCAAGGGUACAUUUUUUUCAGACAAGGUUAUAUAAAGUUAUGAUUUUGCCAACAAAUGGCCCUAGGCCCCAGGGAGAGGUGGGUCCUUAGCGAUCUCUAACAGCAUACAAGCAGCCUCUUCUCUUCCCCCAGGCAUGCUGCAAUUAGACUCAGUCGAUGAGGCGCAAAGUCUCCCUGCUGCUCUUGGUGAUGUAAUCCCCACCAGGAUGGGUGGUGAGCUCUGUAUUAUGGCAGUGGCACCUUAAACACUGUGAGAAUUUCAGGAAACCUGGUAUUUGGUUGCAUAUAGAGAGAGUAAACAUGAUAUCAUCUUGAGAAAUUGACUUUCACUCGGUCUAAACUAGUGUGAGGUCCCCUUGUCCCAGGCACACUCCUGAGAGCUGGAGCUCGUGGCUGCUAUUACACUGAAGUAACUCUCCUCUCUCUCUCUGGUUUCCACCCCUCAUUCCUCUUUCCACAUGAGAACAAUACAUAAACAAAACAAAUGGCAGAACUUGGAUUAAUGA